AGCUCCUCACCUCCAGGGCCAGACGGAGCCCAGGCUGAUCUCAGGCAGACGCUGAUCAACUCUACAGCAGCUCCAGGAGCCCAGACACCAGCUGCCAGAGGGAAGGCCCACAAGCCCUGCCUGCAGCCAUGUCGGCCCUCAGCCUGGUCAUUCUGGGCCUGCUCACAGUGGUGCCACCUGCCAGCUGUCAACAAGGCCUGGGGAACCUCCAGCCCUGGAUGCAGGGCCUCAUAGCUGUGGCUGUGUUCCUGGUCCUCGUUGCAAUCGCCUUUGCCGUCAACCGCUUCUGGUGCCAGGAAGAGACGGAACCUGCGGGUGUGGUCAUGACUAUUGGGAACAAGGCGGAUGGAGUCCUGGCAGGAACAGAAGGAAGGUAUUCCUCGAUGGCAGCCAACUUCAGGUCCAGUGAGCAUGAGAAUGCCUAUGAGAAUGUCCCCGAGGAGGAGGAGGGCAGGGUCCGCAGCACGUCCAUGUGACCCUGGCUCACCUGUGGCCCCAGUCCUGAGGCUCUCAGGUGCCUGUGAUCGAUGCCCAAAGUUACCACCCAAGCCUCUUCCUUCUCUGUGCAGAAAUCUACAAUAAUAGGCCGACUCCCUCCAGCCCCUCCCUGAAUUAUAGCCAGCCAAGGUUGGAGCUCAGACCAUAUUCAGGUUGGGGCUCUGCUGUGGCCCUGGGGUCUUCCUGGGUCUCCCACCUGAUUCAGAAGAGCCUUCUGAAGAGGACAGUCAGCUCAGCACCUCCCAUCCUGCCUCCCAUCUCCCCAAAACCAUGGAAAUGGCUAUUUCUGUGAAAUAAAGACUUUUUGUACUUCUGGGGCUGAGGCUCAGAAGCAGCCCCUCAGUCUUCCAGCAAGGCUGGA